AGUACAGUAGCUGCAGGGCUAGGUUUGGUCACAGCAGCUGCCAGAACAAGGCGAAGAGAACCGGCUUUGUGGCUAAUGUGCUCCUGUCACCCUCCUUCCCAGCGCCAUGUGCAGGGCUUUGCAUCACAGCCCUUUGCUGUGUUUCUGCCUCUGCUUUUUGCUGACAGGAGCACAGGGGCAAGCGAGGCAAAGCAAGCCUUGGGAGCGCAGAGACACAGCUCAGAGCUCAGCCUCGCAGGGCAGUGAACACUACGAGCAGCUGAGGAAUCACCUGGGGACCAUGAGGGCCCUGUCCAGGAGGUAUUGGCAGCUCCUGGCCUGCCGGUUGUGGCAGGAGGACUGCGAAGAAGAAGCGGCAGAGAAGAAUGAGAGAAUGAGGACCGUGAUGAUGGAGGAGGAGGAGGAUGAAGAGGAAGGAGGAGGAGGCACGGUCAUCGUGGAACACCAAGGGUGGAGCUUGCCCAUGGUGAGGGAGAUCGUCUCCAGCUGGUACUGCAGCCUUGGCAAGUGCUGUGCAACGGGAGACUGCAGAGUGACCAACAACAUCACAGGGUUGGAGCUGGAGCUGGGCAGGCGACUCCAUGGACAACACUUAGCAAAAGAUGUUGUCCUGAAAGCUGUCCAAGGCUUCCUGGAAACCCCUCAGCCAGAGAAAGCCUUGGCCCUUUCCUUCCACGGCUGGUCUGGCACAGGCAAGAACUUCGUGGCCCGGAUAAUGGCAGAACACCUCUACCAGGAUGGCUUGAAAAGCGACUGUGUCAAAGUCUUCAUCUCACCAUUUCACUUCCCUCAUUCCAAGUACGUGGAUAUUUACAAGGUUCAGCUCGCAAAACAGAUCAGUGAGACGGUCCAACAGUGUGAGCAGUCACUGUUCAUCUUUGAUGAGGCAGAGAAGCUUCACGGUGACCUCCUAGAUGGCUUAAAGCCCUUCAUGGAUCACUACGACAGCAUUGAUACAGUGGAUUACCGGAGAUCCAUCUUCUUAUUCCUCAGUAACACUGGCAGCAACAUCAUUAAUGAGGUGGCUCUUGACUUCUGGCGCGCUGGUCGAGCCAGAGAGGAAAUAACCAUGGAUUCCUUAGAACAGUACCUACGGACGGAGCUGCUGGAGUCCACAGAUGAGGGUUAUGCCCGCAACCGCCUUCUGGAAGAGAAUCUCAUAGACUUCCUGGUACCGUUCCUGCCCUUGGAGUACCGCCACGUGAAGCUGUGUGCCCGAGAUGCUUUCCUUGCCCGGGGCCUUCAGUUCACCGAAGAGGCACUGGAUGAGGUUGCAAGGAUGAUGGUGUUCGUCCCCAAGGAGGAGAAACUUUUCUCAGCCCAGGGUUGCAAGUCAGUCUCUCAGCGUAUAAACUACUUCCUUCCCUGAUGUCGUCGGAGUUUGGCUGCACAAAGGGCCGCAAAAUGCAACCUGCUCUACUUCCUCUUGCACGGGGAUCGAGAGAUGUUUACUUCACUGACACCGGGCAUUAAAACCCCUACAAUGUGGGGGCUGUUGGACUGGGAAAAAGCAAUAAUUCUGAAGUCUGUGGAGGAACUUGCAUCAGCAAAUGAAGACAUUGCCAAUAAGUAGACACUAUGUAGCUGGAAUCAACAUGAAUGGUGCUGUUAAAAAGGGCAUUUUCAUGCGCUGCUUUGGAAUAAAUGGUGCUUCCAGAUCACCCGUCCUCAUUCACAGCACUGAAUGGGCAUUUAGGCAGGUCCUGGGGCAGAGAAACUACAGCAGCAAGUAGAGUUAAAGGCCGAUUCCUUUUUGUCUUGAAGACUGAGAUUUCUUUUGGCGGUUGUCUGAAAGGAGACAUGACUUCCUCCUCUGCCCCUUUAGGGGUGUGACUAAACAAGGAGCUGGAAUAUUUGCUUCCAAUGCAAGAAAUGCCUUCUACUUCCAGAACGAGUUAUGCAUGAAUGAGGGGACUUGCCCUGAAAUUGGAGAGGUAGUACUUACCUUCACAGUACUUAAUAAUCGGCUUUUAAAAGACGUGGGGAUACUACUGCAGCAAGUAAUCUGUUGCAAAAUUAUGGCUAAUGUGCUUCCCUGUAUAUAUGCACACUAUGAAGAAUGCACAUUAGCCAUUUUUGAUUUUUAAUCUGCUAAGGGACUUAAAUCCAGGACACCAUCAGGGUGUACUCAACUCAAAAGUCUGUGUUUGUGUUGGAUGGGGGUGGGAUGGGAUGGGAGGCAGGUGCCAAAAUUGCGAUGCACUUCCAGCUCAGCGCUGAAGUUGAGCAAUAAAGCUUAGUCAGUGCGAGAUAAAAAGCAAACGCUGUUUGCAUCAACCAACAUUCACUGGUUUUGCAAACCUGCAUCUUAAUGAAUUAAAGCUUGGCACCGUUAUCCAUUUCUGCUACAGUGCAAAGCACAGAGUGGUCAAGCUUCUUCUGGCCCACUUUGGACAUACUUUAGAGAGUGCAGCCUCACCUUGGCCAGAUGCAUCCUACUGCUUAGCCCACCUGAAAGAGAUGCAGUGCUUGCUUAGCAGGUAGGAACACAGGCCAGAAUGAUACAGGAAUUUAGUAAUGAGCUAACAUUUCAAGCCUCCACACAUAAGCCCUGGGCAAACAUUAACCCAUGCAUGGAUAUCAACCAGUCCCAGAGGCAGCUUAAGCCUGCCUGGUGGGUGAGGCCGGUACAAUUUCAUUUCCUCACAAUACAAACUUGAAAAUUAAUCCAAACUAUUCCUCUGGUUUAGGGUGGGCAGCAGGAGAGGCUAACCCAUGGCUUGUGCACUGAAUCUAAUCCCUCUUGAGCUAUUUUAGUGCCCUCAAGACCAUCAAUAAUUUGGUACCAACCUUUUUAUUAGUUUGUUUG